AUGAGCAGCUCUUUGUCAAGCCCAACUAUCUUUCCUGGCAAGCUCAAAAACGCUUUAAUUGGAGUUUCGGUUCUGACGUUUUCGACCGUCGUGUUUUUCGCGCUUCACACAUCAUCUCAUCUCCCAUUCCGACCGAACGAUAUUGAGACUUCAUGGGCUCCUUCAGACCCACCAUCAUGGCCGCCACAACCAGCCAACGAUAGUCGAUACACCGACAGGCUCGUCAAUUACAAACCUGAGCAUCCCGUAUUCAGCGAGGUGCAGCCCAUAGGGACUAAGCGCCUCGCCGUGUUACUACCAACCUUUGUCUUUCGCUAUUUCCAAUCCGUCAAGUGUCUUUGCGUCGAUCAUGACAAGGUGGAUUGGCACAUCAUCGUCUCCAACUCUGCCGAAGUCGAAGGCCUCACCAAGCUUCUCUCGACCCUCAAAGACUGUAAUCCGACGUUCAGUCGGUGGAAAACACCAAAGGACAACGUUCUUGGAAAGAAUCCGAUUUUUAACAUCGUGAACCUCUACGACAUUUUGCCAGCCAGACUACGAACGGACCUAACACCUGAAGACACGAGCGGUUUGCUGAAGAAAUAUGAUAAAUAUGCCUAUCAAUCGAUCAAGAAGAUGUCCGCAGCCGAGCAUUUUGACUACGACAUGGCUAUGUGGCUUGAUUCCGAGGCGAUAUUCGUUGCGCCCGGUGAAAUUAGAGAUAUCUUUAAGGGACACCUGCAAAACCCCAUCGUCUGGCGAUCGAGAAUGUCUUUCCAAGACCGCGAGAAGUUUUUGAUGAGCAAAGCAGCAGCUACUCUCGGGCGGUCUAUCGAUUCUUUCGGUGAUCAACUUUGGUUGCUGGAGUCUCUACAGUGGAUCAUCGAGAAGCCGAUAUGGAAUGACAUGGUUUCGUCCGUUGAGAUGGCGCACGGUGGAAACUUUUGGGAUAUUUGGAUUGAGAACUCUUAUCCUUUCGAAUUGCUGGUGUAUUACCUCCAUAUCAUCGCUCGCAAGAUGGAAACAGGCAAUUCAAUAUUCUCGAAUUAUCGCAUUCUUGAAACCGAGCGGGAGCUCAUUCGUUUCGGACUAGCUGAAGCAAUCUCGGCCAUGGAGGGUAGAAGAGGAACAGGGUUUAUGGAACGACUCCCUCAUCUCAUCACAAAACCGCAUUCAGUUUUGGCACCGAACUUGAUAUCAUUUUGCCAAAGCUAUUCUCUUCGGGCCCUGCGAAUGGAUAACGUGGAUAACUUUGAAGAGAGCGCUCUGGACAGUUUCCUGAUUGAUGGAGAUAUUAAAAUGCUAGUAUCGGGAGCACCAGAUAUUCACAAGUGGUGGGAUGAUCGGAUAAAGAAUGACGGUGGUGGCAUUCGUGGACUGUCCUCCUUGAUUAUUCUUAAACACUUGAUGAAAAGGAUAAAUGUUGCAGAUACGACAAAGCCAUGCGAUUAUUUUGACCUCAUCGGAGGCACAAGUACAGGAGGCCUGAUUGCCAUCAUGCUCGGUAGACUUCACAUGAGCGUUGAUGAAUGCAUUGAGAAAUACCUGCAACUCUCAGAGGCAGCUUUCAGCCUCAAGAGAGUCAAGUCCAACGUAUUUGGUAGAAGCAAAGACAUUUGGAAGGCUUCGGGCAAAUACCAAUCCGAUGUUCUUGCUGAGAAGUUCAUGGAAACAGCUGGUCUGGUGGAAGGUGAUGAACAGGCCUCAUUCUAUGAGCCUAACGGAAAGUGCAAAGUAUUUGUCUGUGCUCAUUCAAAAGCCAAUAAUACUCCCGUCAAUAUUCGCUCAUACACCACGAGCACAUCGGUCGAUAGCCUGUCCUUGUCACAGUGUAAGAUCUGGGAAGCUGCUCGCGCAACCUCAGCCGCAUCUGGAUUCUUCGACCCCAUCAAGAUCGGUUGGCAGGACUAUGUUGACGGUGCUACUGGUCGUAAUAAUCCAGUCGAGGAAGUGUUUAACGAGGCUAAAGGUAUCUGGCCCGAUGCGCCCGACAGAAUCCAAUGUUUUGUGAGCAUUGGAACAGGCAUUCCUGAGCCCAAGGACUUCGGCGAGAAUCUAGCAGAGAUUAAAAAAGCAAUUAUCGCCAUCACCACGGAGACCGAAGACACAGAACGACGCUUUUACGAGAACCAUGAGUCAUUUGGCCUCGGUGGUCGCUACUUUCGCUUCAAUGUCGACAAAGGCUUACGGGAGGUCAGUUUGGACGAGUUUGAAAAAGUUGGGAAGAUCAUGAUAGCGACAGAGUCGUACUUGAACGGACCUCGAGUCCAGGAUAGUAUUCAAGAGUUUACCCAGGUUAUUCCCAUGUCGUCGGUAUAUGCUACUGUUGCCGAGAAACAGAAGAAUGACUAUUUGAAUUGGCUCCCGUAUCUGGAUCCACGAAGCACCCAUAACGACGCGAGACGUUAUCGCACCGAUAGCACAACCGGAAAAUGGUUUCUUGAACAUAGUUUCAAAAGCUGGAAAGCAAAGCCAAAUUCUUUCCUGUGGUUACACGCAAAAGCUGGUUCAGGGAAGACUAUUCUGUCUUCCACGAUCAUCGACCAUCUUGAAAGGCAAGGAGAGGGAACUGUGGCCUUUUUCUAUUUCUCUUACCACAUGGAUAAGGACCAGGCAUACCUCUCGAGGUUGUUCCGGAUCUCUCUCAUAUUGCAAAUUCUCAAACCCCUCAUCGAGCCCAUAGGACCCAACUUCUUAGUACCAAGGAGGUUCCGGGAGCUGUAUCAUAAGUAUCAGCCGUCCCAAGACCCAAGUGAUGAGGAUCUCGAGGAUAUUCUUCGUUACCUAUUGGACUUGACACCUCAGGUAUUUAUCGUUGUCGAUGCAUUGGAUGAAUGCAGUCCUAGUGGUGACCAACUGGAAGUCAUCCAGACACUAGGUACUAUUCCGCUCAUGGCCAAAGCCGAAUGCCACAUUAUCAUGACAAGUCGAAAGGAACAAGCCAUUGAAGAGGCUAUCCGAGACCUGCCAUUGGAGAAGACGAUAAUCCCAUUUGACAUUGGUCAGGUCAAUGCAGACAUCUCCCACCAUCUGUUGAAUGUGGUCAAGUCAAAGCCAUACUCAAAAUGGUCUGCUGAGUUGCAAAAAGAAGUCAUCGACUAUCUAGUAAGCCGGGCUGAAGGCGUGUUUCGAUGGGCUGACUUGCAGAUCCGUGCAUUGGCGGGGCAAGUUAGGGAGAAGGAUGUCCGGCGAGCACUCUCACGGCUUCCCCAAGGCUUGGAAGCAACGUACGAGAGGAUGUUGAAAAGCAUAGACGAAGAAGACAAGUUUGAAGAGGCAUAUGCUGUCUUUAGAUGGAUUGCAUUCUCGACAACGAGGCUGAACUUAGCAGCUGUGUCAGAGUUGGCUGCCUUCGAGAUUGAUGAUCCUGAAGUAGCACCUGAGUCUGAUGGCUUCUCCAUCCUUUUCAGCGCACGAAACCGAUUUGAUGACCCUACGGAAAUGCAGAACCUACUUUCUAGUCUCGUCAUUAUUCCUGACGGCGAUAACCCAUACCGAACCUUUCCGUCCUUUGCGCAUAGUACAGUACUGGAGUAUCUGAUGAGCCCGAGGGUUUCACCCCCAAAGUUUCGCCUUGAUCGCCUGGAUGCUACCUGGUUCAUCUUAAAGAGCUCAUGGGCGUAUAUGAAACACUACGAUGCAUCACCCCAGCGUUCCAAGUUCAAGCCCUAUCCACUUCUUGAGUACGCGUGCUAUCAGGUAUGGGAAUGUGCCCUGGAACUCGUGCAGCGGAGCGAGGCCUUGAAAAAUCAGAUCUCGAAACCCUUGACUUCAACCUCAAAUGAGCGGCUUCCAAGCGAUGCAAUGUCCUCAAAAUUCUCAAUCUGGUGGUUUUGUCACAGGACAGGACUCCCAGAGACAUUGCUUGCCAUGAAAGUGCUCGACUUUCUGGGCUCGGCAGAACUACAACACAAAAUGCCAUCUUGGAAUUCUUUUUACUCGAUGAAUUCCGUUAGUAACGGCGAAUUACUCAUCGAUGCUGCUGGGGCUGGUGAGCACGAAAUUGUCAAGCUUCUCCUUGAUAUGAGGCCCAUUAAAGAGAAUCUGUUGUCUUUGGACAUGGCGUUGCGACGUGCGAGCUGUAAGCCCGUGGACGUGUUUAAACCCUACAAGAGAAUCAUAGACGGUGGUCAGAACACGAGCGUAAUGACAGAACUGCUCGAAGUGGGCGCCAACCUUAAUGGGGUCAGUUUGUCUGGUAAUGCAGCAAUACAUCUCGCUGCCAUUCAUGGCCACAUCGAUAUUGUCAGGUUUCUCACUGAACGGCGAGGACUGCUUUUAGAUAAUCCCAAUGUGAAAGGAGAGACCCCACUCUUGCUGGCCUCCAUGCACAGUCACACAGAGGUCGUCGCACUGCUACUGAGUCUCCCUGGUUCCGUAUCCCACCGCGGGGAUGAAGAGAGCAGAACGCCACUAUCAUGGGCAGCUACGAGUGGAAAUAAGGCACUUUUUGACCUACUGCAUCUGGACCAAAAUGUGGAUGUAAGCAAGGCAGACUGUCGUGGCCGGACACCAUUGAUAUGGGCGUCAAUCGCUGGGCAGGAGGAUUUCAUCAAAACCCUAUUAAACGAUCCGAGAGUUGAGCCAGACGUACAAGAUCAUUUGGGUAGAACCGCUGUAUCUUGGGCCGCGUUUCAUGGGCAUUACCAUUUACUGGAAAUAUUAUGGCUAGAUGCCCGCGUCACUAAAUAUCCCUGCGACUAUGAGGGAAGGAAUCUGUUAACCUAUGCGUGUGGCGAGGGCCACACCUCUUUGGUGAGCGAGUUGCUCUCAAAGGUUGAUCUGGAUGUCAACCAACCUGACUACUAUCAACGAACGCCACUGAUAUGGGCAAGACUUCAAGGACAUUCUGAUAUCGAGAGGUUGUUACUAGAUAAUCCAAGAGUCCUCGAUCUGGCCCCAGAAAGGACUACAGCCCUAGUAACCGCGUCUAUACAGCUUCCCGAUGAAUAUAUCUGGGAUAACCCUAUUGCACCGCUAGCUUACACAUCAGCGGAGAAGAGCUUUCGCAUUGUGCUUGGUUACCAGACAACCGGUCUUUCCUCGCUAGUUGUUUAG